AUGUCCGCCAGUCUGAAUAGGCAAAUUGCCAUUUUCUUUGCUGGUGCUGAUCAAGUACAAGGUAGUGAAUCACAAGCAUCGCUACUUAAAAUCAAGGCAGACUGGAAUUCACCAUUACUAAUAGCUGCUAACAUUGCUCAUUUGAGCAUGUUCCCCGAUGAACAAGAAGUUCUCUUCGAUAUUGGUACUCAGUUUUUUGUCGAAAACUUGAUAUUUAACUCAUCAAAAAACAUAUGGUUAUGUACACUUACUACUCAAACAGCAACAUAUUCAUUCGCCCCUCAUACAGUCGAUAUGUAUGUCCAGGCAUUUUCUACGGCACCAGACAUAUAUAGAAAGGAAGCUGCCAGUUCAAGUGAAGAACUGCGAUAUCAACGUUGCCAUAAGUUUGACCAAUACACUGCUAGUUCGAAACAGAACGAGUUUUGGCCCAAAUGUAAAACACUUCUAUGGAUAGCAACUAGAUCAAUUGACAUGGCUAAUAUAUGGCUACAUAAAUGUGUUCUCAGUUGGCAACAACGAAAUGUUAUUAAUGCUGAAUUCAAUACGAAAUAG